AUGGGUUGGUCACCUUUGUCACUGGUUUCACAGUACAGUCACCCAUUCUCAAAGGAACUAUCUUGUUAUGUCUUUGUCCAGUGGAAGUUUAUUACGCUCAGCCCAACUAGACAACCUUUCAGAUGCGCAGGAAUUAAAAAAAAGAAGAACUACGCCGAGACCCCUUCUAGGUACCGACCUUCUGUACUUGUGAAGACUCUUCGUGGUUUUCAGUUUAAUGAUGGAGAUUAUGUCUAUAAAGGUGAUAUCUUAGUUCGGCAGAGCGCUGGAUACACAUUGGAGAAUUUAACCGAACGAUUUCAAUUUUUGUACCACAUGAAUUAUUUCAUUAAACCUAAAGAAACAUUAAACUUUUAA